UGGAAAGAUUUUGUGCGUCAUUGUUGUUGCGAAGUGGGAGGACGACGGGAACAGUUCGGUAGAUACAUUUCCUGACACAAAAAUCAUCUUAUUAUUGUUUCUACGCAGUUAACCAGUGUGUUCCGGUGUGAAACAGGUUCAAAAUCUAAAUUAUUGAGAUAUCCAUUUGGAGAGAGGACUGUACAUCUCGGCUAGUUCUAGAUAGAUAAUGGAGCUAGAAAAUGACCCACAGGAAGAGGAGACUUUCAGCAGCAAAGAGAGCAAUGGCAAGCGCUCUGCUGAGGAGACGGAGGAGGACAAGCCUCAUAAGCGAUCCCGAAAUUCUGACGACAUGGUGGAGCUCAGAAUCCUGCUACAGAGCAAAAACGCCGGAGCGGUGAUCGGAAAGGGUGGGAAGAAUAUUAAAGCCCUGCGCACAGACUACAAUGCCACUGUGUCUGUCCCAGACAGCAGUGGGCCCGAGCGAAUCCUCAGCAUAAGUGCAGAUAUUCCCACGGUAGCUGAGAUAUUGCUGAAGGUCAUACCUACUCUGGAAGAGAGUUCUACAUGUGCAGUGGUUAAAACAAUGCUUCCAAAAGACCCCUACCGAAAAUUUUCAUAUCAGCAUCAUAACGGUGUGGACUUUGACUGCGAGCUGAGGAUGCUCAUCCAUCAGAGUCUAGCUGGGAGCAUCAUUGGCGUGAAGGGCGCUAAGAUUAAGGAACUCCGUGAAAGCACCCAGACCACCAUCAAGCUCUUUCAGGAGUGCUGUCCUCAGUCCACUGACCGCGUGGUGCUCGUGGGGGGGAAAGCGGAGCGGGUGGUGCAGUGCAUUAAGACCAUGCUGGAGCUCAUUGUGGAGGCUCCCAUUAAAGGUCGAGCUCAGCAGUACGACCCUAACUUUUACGAUGAGACGUAUGACUAUGGUGGCUUCAGUAUGAUGCAUGAAGAUCGGGGCCGUCGGCCAAUGGGAGGCUUCUCCUCGAGGGGGCGUGGCAGCGGUGGAGGCUUCGAUCGAAUGCCCCCCAGCGGGGGUCGUGGCGGUCACCACAUGCAAAACAGGAGAGACUACGAUGACAUGAGCCCACGCAGGGGCCCCCCUCCAGCCCAGAGAGGGGGAAGAGGAGGGAGUCGCCCUCACCGAAGCAUGCCCAUGGGACCCCCACACCACAGGAGAGGUGAUGAUCAGUACUCCUACAGCUCCCAGCGUGGCCACAUGGAAGAACGGCGGCACGGGGAAAGACGAGGGCGCAAUGAUCGUUAUGGAGGCAGCAUGAACGAUGGAUAUGACAGCAGUCCAUCUUGGGAUUCCUCUUAUCAGUCUGGUGGAAGGAGUAGUUACACCGAAGGUCCUGUGAUCACCACACAAGUGACCAUUCCUAAAGAUGUGAGUAAAUCGCUCCUGGAUUGCUACGCUUUACACCUGACACACACGUGUUUACGUCCCUCUGCUGUGAUUCUCAGCUGGCGGGAUCCAUCAUCGGUAAAGGCGGUCAGAGGAUCAAGCAGAUUCGGCAUGAGUCCGGAGCCUCGAUCAAAAUCGACGAGCCCCUGCAGGGUUCAGAGGACCGCAUCAUCACCAUCACCGGGACCCAAGACCAGAUCCAGAACGCUCAGUACCUGUUACAGAACAGCGCUCUACACCUCUUGGGACGCCAGAACUGACCAGCCCACGUUUCUCAGGAUGUCCAUCCAGCUGCGGGACUGACCCUGUCUGUCACCUUCAUAGGAGUGAAUCCUAGAAUCGUACGAGCCCGAGCCCUCUGAUUGUCCUUGAUUGUGGAUUCUUUCUUUUGCUUUGUUUUUAUAAAUAUUCAUUUUAUAUGGGCCAACUGUCACUUCACAGAAAUCUUGGAUGAGCAGGUGACUGCCGUUCAGCGGGACAUUGUUGUUCUUUUCCCUUUUGGAGUGAAUGUUUUGAGAGUUAUGAAGCUUUUCCUCUAUUAAAAACGCUUGAUCCAGAAUGUACACAGUCACACAACAAUUAUCAUUUUUUCAUUUUUACACUUCUCUUGUUUUUUUUUGAGUGUUCUAAAACGAAAUGUAAAUAUCCAGUGAUUACUGUGGACUUCUGAAUAUAUCCUUCACACUCUGUGUUCUGUGUGUGUAAUGUUUUAUCCUCAGAAAUACAGAUACUAUUUUCACCAGGUACUGAAGGCUUGCAGUACUUUUUUGUAUGUGUUUUUUUCCUCCUGUCUGUUGCUGGGUUUUUAAAAUCUAGUGUUUAAAAAUUUGCUCUACCUCUAGAAUUUUUUUGUAGGUCUCCCAUCCUAAAAGAAGGCCCACUAUCAAUGUUUUUUUUUUUAAUAAAGAAGAGAAGAAAACAGAAGUGGAUUUGAAGUUUUAGACUAUAUUUGUGCCAGAGCAGGACGAUAAUUCUCACGCUCCUAUUCUUGGUUUUAUUUUUUCUUAUCUUUAUUUUUUUACUCAAAUUGUCUCUAAUGUUCUCCAGCAAGGCACAUUUGUAGAGUUUGUCAUUUGUCUGAAAUAAAAGAAUUACCAUUUUU